GAGUAAUAUUGGAGGGAAGAGGUUUAUUUUGCGUAAAAUCCAAAUUUCAUAUAAGAACCUCUCACUUGAAUUCCCUCCAAAAAAGUCGCUCCUCCGCCCACCAACUUCCUGUUAACGUCCCUUUGACAUUCCUCUUCCCCUGUCUCUCUUUUCUCUCUCUCUAUUUUCCGACGGGAGAAUUCGACAUCCUCCCGUCAUCAAUCACCACUACCAUCAUCACCACCACCACCACCACCACCGUAAAUAAAGAGAGAGGACAAGGGAUCAAAAAAAAUAUAUAAAAAAAUAACAUAACGACCGAAUAUAUUAUUUAUUAAUAAUAUAAAUAAUCAAUUACGGGCGUAGAGUAAUUAAGGUAUAUAAUGUCAAUGGCUAUGGUAAUGCUUGCGUAGCCACUUUAAAUGGGCCACCGGAGAGUUCACUCGGAGAUCUAUCUACGAUUUCCUGACGAAGUUAGCUUCGGGGGUUCCAUGGACGGAGGUGAUAAUGAGGCUGAUGAUCUUUUGGCUACUUAUAUGGAUAUGGAGAAAAUCGAGUAUUGUGCCGAAAAUCGGAACAAUCCUAUGAAUAAUAAUGCUCCUCAGGAUCAUGAUCAUGAUCUUGAUCUUGAUCUUGAUCUUGAUCAUGAUCAACAACAUAGACAUUGCUUUACUAUGGAUGAGUUUUCCGGGUUCUCGAGUAAUAAUGAUAAUGAUAAUGAUUAUAGCAAGAUUAACAAUAAUAAUAAUUAUAAUGCCGGCGGCGGGGGCGGGGGUGCUUCUCUUGAAGCUAAGAAGGCUAUGCCCCCUGAUAAAUUAGCUGAGUUGUGGGUUGCUGAUCCUAAACGAGCUAAGAGGAUAUUGGCUAAUAGGCAGUCUGCUGCUCGAUCAAAAGAGCGAAAGGCACGAUAUAUGCAGGAGCUAGAGAAAAGAGUAAAAUCUUUGCAAACAGAAGCAACUGCACUCUCUGUACAGCUCUCACUUUUUAAGAGGGAUACGGGUAGUUUAACAAGCGAGAACAUUGAUCUCAGACGUCAAUUAGAAUCCAUGGAACAACAGGCUCAGCUACGUGAUGCUUUAAAUGACGCACUCAAACAGGAAUUGGACAGGCUUGCGGUUGCUACUGGAGAUGCUUCAACCACUGCAGACACAUUUGUUAUGCCACUGCAGAACGUUCCUCAUCAUUCACAACAGCAGCAGCAGCAGCAGCACCAACGCCACCAGCAACAUCAGCAGCAGCACCAACAACAGCAAUCAGCCUGUCUAUUUGAGUCUAACAUGAUGUCCAACCCUCAUCAAAUCGACUCAAAAAUGUCCUGUCUGCAUCCCUUUGAGCUGAAUAUCUCACACACUUCUCAAGCACUGGACUCACACCAAACAGAAAUACUGCAUAGCUCUCAUCAAUCUGUGGAUCAACAUACUGAUUCAAACAUCUUUAAUAUGCCUCAACAACCAAAAGUACAGCAACAUUGUCUCAUUGGUAGAAAACAUUAUCUUCCAUUCGAGCCAUCUAGGCCAAGAGUUCCUCAAUAUUCUACAACCAAAACAAAUAUGAAUUACCCUACUCUAACUCCACCAGUUGUGUCUGUGUCGCCCCUCGGACAUCUUCCACCAUACUCGUUAGAAUCAAACAACAGUCAAAGCCCUGAACAACAAGUAUACGUCACAUCUCAACCACAUUUGCUAUCCCAAAUGACUAAACAAGACCAUAUUACCAAAACACAAGCUCUCGAUAUGAAUAACGCUUUUGAUUCUUAUCAACUUGUGAAAAUACAAGGCAUGUCUAUUAUAGCCAAUGAAAAUAUCAAAGGAUUUUAAGCUAAUUCAUUCAAAUAUAGCUUCUAUUCCUUUUGUAAGCUAGCUAGCUAGUUACGAUACAAGAAAGCAUAUCAUUUCUCGUAAGCUUUCGAAAGUUCGUGUUAGCUAGCCUUGCUCAAUUAAUUAGCUUCAUUCCCUGUUAUACACACACACUCUAUAUGUAUUUUGAACAUAGUUAAGUUUCCCUUUUAAAUAUCAAUGUUUUGUCCAACUGUGCUGAAACAAUGUUAUAAUCUCUAUAUGUAUUUUAAACAUAGCUCAUUUUAUUUUCAACUCUAAAUGUUUUCAACAACAUUGAAAAACAAUAAGCCAUUUAAUCAAAGUAUUUGCUUAAUUGUCA